CGGAAACAACGUGUUGUCGCCUCGUGUUUGACAGGUUGGUCUAACUCCAGUUAGCAAACUGAGCACAUUAGACUCUUUUAAGAUUGUUAUCAGCGUCUACAGUUCAACCGGUGUUACAUAUGAGACACUGAGCCUGGCACCAGCUGUCACACAUAUUACUCAGUUAUACCUGUGUCUAGUGAGGGUUAGCCCACAGAUACAGCAUGUCCUCCCAGGGAGAUGAAGCUGCAGAGCAGGGCCCUGAAACAGUGGGAUCAGCGCUUUCUUCUUCCUCUGCUGAGACUGAUGCCACCAGUGGGGACUUUAUCACUGUCACCAUUGGAGCAACUGUGCCCACAGGGUUCGAACACACUGCUGCAGAGGAGAUCAAGGAGAAAAUAGGGGUCGAUGCACGGAUUAGCAAAGAUCGUGGUCGUAUAUACUUUCCAAUAACCACUGACAAGCUUUUCCAGGUUCAUCUUCUGAGGUCUGUGGACAAUCUGUUUGUCGUGGUUGAGGAAUACGAUCAUUACCAGUUCAAGGAAUCAAAGGAGGAGACGUUAAUGGAGUUGCAGCAGCUUGCGGCCAAACUCCCCUGGACUAAUGCCUUAGAGGUCUGGAAACUAAAUGGCACCCUAAAAAAGAAGAAGGGCCACCGGAAAGGAGGGAAUGGCGCUAAAGUAAAACCCAACAGUGAGGCUGGUGAUGCAGCCAUCGCUGACACUGAGGAUCAAGAUCUAUCUCAGGCAGUGUCAGCUGCUGAAGGUCAGAAAAAGGCAGAGGAAACACCUGACACGGAGACCUGCACGCAGGACGCAGAGGAGACGUCACCCGGGGCCAAACUCAUCAAGUUUCGUGUGACGUGCAACAGGGCCGGGGACAAACAUAGCUUUUCCUCUAAUGACGCAGCCAGAGACUUUGGUGGGGCUGUACAAGAAUUCUUCCAGUGGAAAGCAGACAUGACAAAGUUUGACAUAGAGGUUUUACUAAACAUACACAAUGAAGAGGUGGUGAUUGGCAUCGCACUCACAGAGGAGAGUCUUCACAGGAGAAAUAUCAGUCACUUUGGACCCACUACACUGCGGUCUACCUUAUGCUAUGGCAUGCUCAGGCUGUGUAAACCUCAGGCAUCUGAUAUAAUACUUGAUCCAAUGUGUGGGACUGGAGCCAUACCACUGGAGGGAGCCAUCGAAUUUAACAGCUCAUUCUACAUUGCCGGUGACAACAAUGACAUGGCGGUUAACCGCACAGUCAAUAAUGUAUGUCACAUCCAGAAAAGGAGGGCAGACAAGGGCAGUGUAUCUGGAUUGCCCAUUGACACAGUGCAGUGGGAUCUGUGCAAUUUACCCAUAAGGACCAGCUCUAUUGACAUUAUCAUCACUGACAUGCCCUUUGGGAAGAGAAUGGGUUCUAGAAAGAAGAACUGGGACCUUUACCCUUCCUGCCUGAGAGAAAUGGCCCGCGUGUGUAGACCAGGCUCGGGAAAGGCUGUCCUAUUGACUCAGGAUAAGAAAUGCUUUUCCAAGGCUAUCUCGAGGAUGGGAGGACUGUGGCGGAAGCAGCACACUGUUUGGGUCAAUGUCGGGGGUUUACAUGCUGGAGUCUACCUCCUCAAGCGGACCGGGGCUGUGUUUGGCCAAACUCCUGAGGAUGUCUAUGAAUCACGAGGACCAGCUAAUACACAGGGGGAUGACAAGGAUGACAAGGAGCUCUCUUAAUUCACCUCCUGCAUUUACGUUUGGAAUUUAUACCUGAAUGCUAGGGAGUGUCAUUAUUUAUAUUAUUUUUGGAUAUUCAACUCUCUACUUAAUUUGGGCUUUCUGCUCGACUGUUCAUUUUUGUGUUUUUCAUUUGAUAAAGAGUUAUAACUGGAAAGAGAAAUGCUGUUUCCAUGUUCAGCAGCAGUUUAAUGGUUCUCACACUGUAUUUGACUGAGGUAGUUCACUUGUCAUAUUGCUGUUCAAAAACCUGCUGAAGCUUUCAUUACACCACUCAGAUCUGCUGUGCCCACUCUACUGGAACUGCUCGUUGCCAUAUGUUCUGAUUAAUAAAGGUUCAAGUUAAAUGUC